ACCGUAGCGAAACUGAAGAUCGGCAAACGAGAAUUACCGAUGAAAACAGCUCGCGGGGAGCGGUUAUGAAGAGAUGGCCGAAACAAGAAAUCACGCUGAUUGGAAGAUGUCAUGAGCUAAUAUACGAGAGGCACUGGGAACGAAUUAAUCCUUCCCGCCUCACCAGCGAUAUUUAGUAGUCAUCGAGAAGAUGUCGAGGAAAACGCUAGCAUUUGUCACAGGAAAUCAAAACAAACUAAAAGAGGUGGUUGCCAUCUUAGGGGACUCAUUUCCAUGGAAAGUGGAGUCUAGAAAUAUAGAUUUGCCUGAAUUUCAAGGUGAACCAGACGAGAUAUCUAAGGAGAAAUGCAAAGUUGCUGCGAAAGAGGUUGGAGGCCCAGUCAUAGUAGAAGACACAUGUCUAUGUUUUACAGCAUUAGGAGAUCUCCCAGGACCUUAUGUGAAGUGGUUCUUAAAGAAAUUAGGACCUGAAGGUCUACACAGACUCCUGACAGGAUGGGAGGACAAGUCUGCAUAUGCACUCUGUACUUUUGCAUAUUCAACAGGAAACCUUGAGGACCCUGUUUUACUAUUUAGAGGAAAGACAAUGGGAAAAAUUGUAGAACCCAGAGGUCCAAGGAAUUUUGGAUGGGAUCCAUGUUUCCAACCAGAUGGCUUUAAUCAGACAUAUGCAGAAAUGCCAUCAGAAAUCAAAAAUGAAAUAUCACACAGAGGCAAAGCUCUUAAAGCUUUAAAAGAAUUCUUUGAAGAAGGUGAAGAACCAGAACACAAAAAAGCAAGAAACCUUAAUGAGGAAACGUGAUUUCUGAGUAAUCUCUUCCACUUUACAGUAUCAGUGAUGUACAUUUGACUAGUUUAUUGCUGAAUAAAAAAAAUUCCCUUCUUUCUAUGAGAAAGUCAGUUUGUCACAAUGUUAUUCACUUCAAACUUUUGAACAGAAAAUGUUUGGGCAGGAGGGUAAUAGUUUACCACAAGGUGUGACUGCCCAAGUGAAAAUAGUCCUCAACAUGAGGUGGCCUUAGCAUUAGUGACAGUCAUUACUACUGGCUUAAGUCCCUUUGAAGACUAUCCCACCUGGAUGUAAAGAUACAACUUUGCUGGAAGAGAUGUCUCCAUGAACCCAUCCUGGUUCAUAGAUCUUAAUCAAAAAAGCUUUCAGAAUAACCCUCUCAUUUGUUUUCCACACCCCUAAACCAUUAAUUGCUGAAAAUCCUCACUCAGAUGAGUUUCCUCCUCUUAAUUUUAUUUUAAAAAUUAUUUUGUUUUAUUUGUAAUUACAUACAACAAAUAAUAGUUCUGUAUAUAGGAGAUUCUGAUUGGAGAUUCUGCUCUCCUGCAAAUAUUUCUCAGAUAAUUAAUUUGUCCAAUAUAUAAAAUAUAUAAUUUUUCAAUAUGUAAAAUAUUUUACAAAAUAUUUUAUUCUUCAAGAAGACUCUCAUGUUAUGCAUUUCUCAUAAUCCCACAUGAAAUUUGCCAUAAUUUUUCUACCUUGUUUCAUACUGUUGGAUUUGUAAUAUAAUGAUAGAAUAAUUGUCCAAAUAAAUUCCCAGGACAA